AUGUCAAAACUUCCAUCAAACAGUAAUCUCUUGCGUGAACUUUUAAUAUCGUCAGAUAUUUCCAAACCACCGAAUAUGUGGGCAAAUGAUUUUUAUCUUUCAGCAGAUUGUUCAAAUUAUUCACGCGUAUACCCUGGAAUCGGGAGAUCCUAUGCAAGAAACGUUCGUAUCGAUCGCCCACCGCUUUUUAACGUUCCCGAUCCGGAAAGUUUAUUUGACACUUUAAUGGUUCGAAAAGAAUUCAAACUUCAUCCUUCAUCAAUUAGUUCAAUGUUAUUAUCACACACGAAUGAACCAUACAUAAAUCAAAUAUCAUCUUACUUGGACUUGGCACCUCUUUAUGGUAGAAACUUAAAAGAACAAAUGAGCCUAAACGUCUCUUACAAAUUAACGACAAUGGACGGGACGAUAGAUCCAAACGACCCAGAGGAACUUAAAAUUCAAGACGAAAAUCUUUUCCAAACAGCAAGAUUGGUCAAUGGCAGCCUCUAUCACCAUACCAUUCUACAUGAUUACUUGCAUACUAUCCUUGAUCUUAAUAAGGCUAAUUCCAAGAUCCCACUUUAA